UUCCACGACGAUGACGGCGUGCUAGGCCGCGCGGGGACGCAACGCAGGAGGUCCUCUCCUCUCAGCAGCACGUCGGCAAGUCCCUCGCGACCGUCUUUGUGUCGGCGGGGCGGCUGUCUUGUUGUGAUGUGGGUGACGAGUCCCGGGGCGGCGACCUAACCUCAACCGUCUCAACGUCUCGGCAGACGACGCGUGGCGGCGCGUGGCGGGGACACUGCGAAGCGCUGCCAACAUGCCGCGGCGGUCGCUGCUCGACCGCCUGGAGUGCACAGAUAUGGAUACGGAGCUGCACCUUGGCUACGGCGUGAUGGGGUCGAGUGCCGAGAUCCUGGCUGAGGGGGGCCAGGCGCCCCCGCUGCAGCCAAAGACUCCGCCCUCCCCCGGCGUGGGCUCCCUGCAGUCCAUGUCGUCCACCGUCACGGCCACGGACCUGCUGCCGUACCAGCCGUACUCGCCGCCCAAGGAGACGUGGUACUGGCUGUCGCUGCAGGUCACCGUCCCCUUCCUCAUCGCCGGCGUGGGCACCAUCGGCGCCGGCCUGCUGCUCGGCACGGUGGAGGACUGGGAGGUGUUCAAGCACAUCAAGGCCCUGUUCAUCCUGGUGCCGUCGCUGGUGGGGCUCAAGGGCAACCUGGACACGUGCCUGGCCUCCAGGCUGUGCACGCAGGCCAACCUCGGCAACCUCAAGACGUGGAAGAACUGCUGGAAGCUGUUCGUGAGCAACAUCGCCCUGGUGCAGGUGCAGUCCAUCGUGGCGUCGCUCACGGCGGCCGCCUUCGCCAUCACCGUCAGCGUGUUCAUGGACGGCCUGCCGGACUACCGGCACGCCCUGCUCAUGGCCGCGUCCGCCGUCACCACGGCCACCACGGCGUGCUUCGUGCUGGACUCCCUGAUGAUGGCUCUGAUCGUGGCCUCGCACCGCCUCAACAUCAACCCGGACAACGUGGUGUGCCUGAUGGCCGGCAGCUUCGGCGACAUCGUGUCGCUGUCCGUGCUCAGCACGCUCUCCAACGCCUUCUUCCUCAUCCACGAGACCAUGUGGUGGGUGUUCAUCCUCAUCAUCGUCGGCUUCCUGCUCAUGCUGCCGUUCUGGGUGUGGCUCGCGCUCCGCCACAAGCACACCGCCGUCGUGCUCCGCCAGGGCUGGACGCCAGUGCUGUCCGCACUCUUCAUCAGCGGGCUUGGAGGCAUCGUCCUCGACAAGGUGGUGGGCGACUUCAAGGGCUUCGUGCUGUUCAACCCGAUCGUGAACGGCAUCGGCGGCAACCUGGCGAGCGUGCAGGCGUCGCGCACCGCCACCAUGCUGCACUCCACCAGCGUCAUGGGGGUGCUGUCGGACCACUCGCCCAUGUGCGUCUCCCCCAUCAAGGCCCUGUUCUACGGCGUGCCCUCCGCCAAGUCCGCCCGGGUGCUGAUCGCAGUGGCGCUGCCCGGCCAGGCCUUGUUCGCCGUCAUCGCCGACUACAUCCACAACGGCAUGCACUCCACCAUCACCUUCGAGUUCAUGGUCGCGUACCUGGUCGUCGUGCUCUUACAGGUGAUGAUCAUCUUGUACCUGACGCACUUGCUGGCGCACUUCAUGUGGCGACGCAAGCUGGACCCGGACAACUCCACCAUCCCCUACCUGACGGCGUGCGCCGACCUGCUGGGCACCAUCCUGCUCGCCUGCGCCUUCAUGCUGCUCAAGCUGAACGGGACCCCCUACGGCGAGGACUAGACAACUCAGAAAGUCCGCAUUUGUUUUGCUCCGCCGGAUCCGCCGAACCGAAAACCAGACACCGUUCCUUGACAAAUCCCCGAGCGAUCCCUGCGGAUCCCUGCUGCUGCCGACCGUUGGCCGACCGUUGGCCGACGGGUGGCAACAGCGAGGCUCGAGGCCUACUCUACGCCGCGGCCUUGGAUUGCCAGCGAGAUAAGCAGGCUCAAUGAAGCGGCCUGGGUUCGACGCUCCGAACCCAGGCGGCCGGAGCAUCGGUCCUUCAACCUCACCUUCGUUUAGCACCGGCCGGCCCGGCUUCCACGCCCUCGACACUGGGUUGACGCUCCCGACGAGUGUCGCUCGGCAUCGCUGUUGUUGCUGUUGUUGUAUCGAGACUGGCUGAAGCAGCAGCGGACUUCCCCUCGAGAUGUUGUUGUUGUUUACUGUACGGGGUUCCCCCUCCGACCAAAGCCAUUUUUUGAAAGCCUUUUUUUGCCAUAAGCUAAUUGUUCGUUUUCGAGCGCCUGGUGGACGGAGGCCCGUCACCAACGUAUCUCACAGGACCAAACUACUUUGAUAGCCCACUCAUUUCCACUCUGCUUAGUCAGUAUUAUACCUUAAGAAUAUUUUAAUGGGUCGACAGUUUGUAUCGUCUCGAUUGACGCAAACUUAACUUUUUUCACUGGCGCGCCGUGCCUAUGCCUAGGCGGCUGCAGUGUCUACUUUUAUUUAUUUAUUUUUUAAUCAUGAAAUUUGUAUUUUAAUGUGUCUGUGAUGUUGCUUAAUGAAGAUUGGUUUUACAUAAUGUUAUCAUUUGCGCUGUGAGAUUUUCGACGGACGGGCGUGAUUUUGCAUUUUUGAUUUCCAUUUUUGAAUUUUGUCAAAGGAAAUGGAACAGGGAACAAGUUGAAUCUGAUACAAGCGGCUAGGCCCGCCGUAAGAGUUAAAAGCUUCAUUGCCAGUGUGUUCGUUUCGCCAUCACCAAACGCCCAAACGCUAAUUGUUAGAAGGAAGUUUGAGGCCACCGGACCGACGGCCGUUAGCAAAUGCUGUGAUAUUUAUUUAAGUCCAAUCGCUGUAUUUAGUGUAGUCUUUCAGCGUUCUUGCCAGGGGCUUCUAUGCUAUUGCCCAUUCAACAUUUUUGUGAAAACUGUCAAUCUCGAGCCAAGAAUUAUUAUAUUGCUUGUUUGAAUUGGUUGGAUGUUACUAGUAAAAUGUCAAGAAUGUGCCAUACCAUGCCGCGGGUCCGGUGGGAUGUUAGUUACCAAAGUCUUCCGAAUUCCGGUCGCAGCGUUCUCUCUCUAUAUCUCGAGCGUGCCGCUCGCAGGUCAAGCGGUACAGACGCUCGACCACAUGCUGACUGGCCCGAGGCUUUCGCGCUAGAGAGCCUUUUCCACACGAUGCGUGCGUUGUUGGCGGGGUCAGUUCUUUUGCCACUUUACCACUGAUACCGGUGUAUCGUGGUCGCCUCAUCGGACCGGCAAAGCCUCUCUCGCCGGCCGUGCCUGUGAGAAGACACACGCAUGCCUCGGAGUUGAAGCGGUGUGUGUAAAUGAGUCCCUGUCAAUAAAUGAAAUUUUUAUUUUA